ACGGUACUGUACGUACUGAGUACGCACGAAGCAACACUGUGCCCCACGACACGAUACCGUGCUGCCCACCACCAUGAUCCGAAUCGUAGCGUUCCUACCUUGCACUGCACUACACUAAUCCUCAUCGUCAUCCAUUCUUCCCAUCUCGCGUACGUACAUGCCCACGCAGGCAUGUGAAGACUGUGUACCAGACCCUCCGCCGGCACGUCAAAACCACCCCAACCACCCACGCGCCACUCACCAUCCACGGAGCUCCUCGCCAGCUGCCACACGCGAGCAUCGGUCUUCCCCGAAGCCCACCGAACCGCCCGGAGAACCGUCAGCGCACCGCUUCCGCCAGCGCCGCGCCGCCAGCGCACCGUCUCCUCUAGUCCCCCAGUUGGCUCCUCUCCCACGUGUCUCCCCCAAUCCAACGCCCAGAGGAGCCCAGCGCAAUCUCAGGACCGAUGGCCGCGGAAGCGAGGGGUACAUGUUGUAGGGUGCAUGUAGAUCCCCGGAUGCAGCUGUAGAUGCGACUAAUACCGUAGAGCGUGCAGGUACAUUCGGUGCAGGUACGGUGGUGUGUGCGACAUGCAAA